GUACAUUCAGGAUGUGACAAUCACUUUGGCCCCUUUUUCGCGCCAUGCAUAAUGCAACGAUACAUCUCGCAUUUCGACCAUCCAUGUCAUUUCUAUUUCAUGCGAAAGUUUCGCUUUAAGGAAGACACGUGUCCAUCCGCGAAAUGAUCGACUGCGUCCCGAUAGAUCAAAGCGAUGUCACUUUUCACUCGGCGAUCGGUCGCACGACUUUUCUCUCCCGAUCGACGUUGGGAGAGUUGCGUGAUUUCAGCAGUUCGAAAUUGAAAGGGGGAAGAGAAAAGAAAAAAAUAAAUAAUAAUAAGGAAUAAAGAUAAAGGAAGACGAGCGAUGCAGGGGGAAGGGUACACCGACGUGUCGCUCAAAGUGUCGCAGUUCCUCUUGAAAUCGGCUGGUAUAUGGGUGAUUGGAAACGACGCUGAGGAACGUCAGAGAAAAUUCGCUGUGUUCUACACCCUCGCUGCCCUGAUUUACGGUAUAUACGUGAACGCGGUGGAUAUUUAUCACAAUUUGGAUAAUCUGGCUCAUUGCGUCUUUCUGACUUGCAACAUGAUGUGCAUAUUACUGGGAUUGUUCAAGUGUUUCGUGAUAAGCUUCUUCAGAAUCGAAUUCUCGCGUAUAGUUUCGUACGCCCAGAAACACUUUUGGCGUUUGGAUUACGAUUACGACGAGAAGAUACUUUUCGGGGAGUGUCAGAAAUUUUGCAGGCUGUGGAUCAUAGUUGUGAGCAUGAUUAGCCAAUCCUCGUUGGCCUUUUACAUAAUUACGCCAAUUUAUGAAAAUAUAGGGAAGAACAAAUCGGAGAGGAUACUUCCGUUCAAAAUGUGGGUCGAUCUUCCUCUCAGCGUGACACCUUAUUACGAAAUAAUGUUCGUCAUCCAGUUAUUGGCCGUAGAACAAAUUGGCAUCGCGUACGUAUGCAGCGACUUCUUCCUGUGCAUAUUGAACCUGCACGCCCUCUACCAAUUUCGCAUGAUGCAGCAGGAAUUGUCGAAGAUCUGGUCGGCCAUCGAGCAGCAGACAACGAGCGUCGCGGCCUACACGAGAGGGUGCCACGUAGCUUUGAAAAAAUGCAUUCGAAGGCAUCAGUCGUUGAUCGAAUUUUGCAAUAAACUCGAGCAGGUUUUCACGUUCCCGAUCCUCAGCCACGUGGUGGUGUUCAGCUUGCUAAUGUGCUUCGAUACGUACGAGAUACUUUUGGCAGACAUACCCACGUUGAAGAGGCUCAUCUUCCUUUGUCACAUGGUCGCUAGUUUCAUCCACAUAAUUUUCUUCACGUACAUUUGCCACGGUCUGAUGGAGGAAAGUGGAAAUGUCGGGUUGGCAACGUACUCGGGCUGGUGGACGACAUUGCCAAUGAACGAGACCGGAAGAAUGCUGCGAAAAGACAUAAGGAUAAUAAUGAUGAAAUCAAUGCGGCCGUGUUAUCUCUCCGCAGGUGGCUUCUUUCCUAUGUCCUUGGAAACUUCUACUGCGCUCGUAAGCUCCACAAUGUCGUACUUCACCUUAAUGAGGGAAUCGUCCAUGAAAACAAACUGAACGAGUUGAACAAAAUUUAUUAUAAAGUGAACAUUUUUCUAAUAUCAGCUAAGAAAUUUUAGUACUUUUAGUGUUUGUAUUUCUUAGAUGAAAAAUAAAAUACGAUUCAAAUAUCA